AUGCCUCGAUCCACCAACACCCUGGCACGUAUGCCUCGACGUGUCGGUACCCCCUUUGCACAAAUGUAUCGUUUGAAGCCACAGGUCAAAGCCGAUGUCAAAGUCAAGAAGGUAUCUGCCCAGACGGAAGGCCAGGCAGAAGCAGAUCUGAAUGCUUUUGAGACUCUAUCGGUUGAGAUCAGACAGCUCAUUGCUUCCAACCUCGACGACAAAGAUCUAGCAACUUACAGGCUCGUCUGCCAAUCUACCAAGUCUGCGCUCGAUGAGGAUGAGGGAUCCUUCUGGCGCACUCGCUUCCUCAACACCUUCGACUAUCCUGAGAACAUCCCUAUCGAGAAGAAACGUUCCAAGAUGAACGAAUGGUUCAAGAAGAAGUACCAGUACCGCAAGCACACUGAACGACAGAGAUUCGAGUUCCAGGUCGGAAAUAGCCAGAGAGAAGUUGAGUGCCUGUCGCUCAUCAAAGAUCUGAUCAAUGAGUCUUUCAACAUCAAUACCCACACGCGCAGGUCUAAGGAGCCCUCGACCUAUUCUCUCAAUAUGAGUCGCUUGGAAGCCAUCGUCGGAGCUACAGGCCUUCUCGAGUGUGUCUUUCGACGACCUCACCGCAAAGGCAGAAAGUCACUACCCAACCCUGUCUUGCUGGCCAUACAACUUGUCCUCACCCACAUGUCUUUGACUGUAUCGCUCAAAUCACCUAUGGCAAAGGCUUGGAGAUUCUCGGAUUCACAGACCAUGGCGUACGCGUCCACCUUGGAGCGACCCAUCUUCAAAGGUGCCAACUGUCUGGAGGUUGAUGUCGAAUGGACCUUGCAUAUCGCAAACUUCUUCAAGAACCACCUGCUUAGCGAGCAUGAGCUCACUCACGUCGGCUAUGACGAUCUUCAUUCAACCGAACGCCCACAAUGCUGGACCAAGCCUUUGUCUACUAGCCCUCUGAAACUUGGCAAGCACUGGAAGGGCAGCUAUGCCUACGUCGAUCACGACGAGAUUCACCUCAUUCGUCAAAGCGAGAAUGAAGACUAUCCCAUUCCCGACCACAUGUGCGGUGAAGGCUCUGACAGCCACUUCCAGGACCUUUGCCUCGAUUUCCCCAAGGAGAAGCCUGCUUUAUGGCCUCCAAACUUCGAAGCCAUUUGCAAGGCUCGCUCCAGGAUCAACUACCAUACGGCCACCACCCGAGCUCAGAGCAAAGUCACUGGUCCCGAGGUAGUACCCGCUACACCCGUGUCCUUCAGCUUCAAGGGCGACGGUGAAGACGCCAACGAACCUUUCCUGGCAUCCGGCUUCUUCAACCCUCUUCCUCCUCAGCACGGCAUCCCGGGCUGGCAUCGCAUGACCAUGAUGAAGUACUGGCGUGACGAGGAUGGUGUGAUCGAUGAAGACUCUCUUUGGGCUUACGAGGGCGUCGUCUUGCCUGGUUCGAUGGUCAUGCUGGGACGUUGGUGGCAUCCUUCUGGUGGUGACGAUGCAUACACCGGUCCCUUCAUCUUCUGGAACGUCGACGCUAGUAUUCUCGCUUACCCUGAGGAAACAUCUGCUGCCGUCUGAUCACGGUCAUAACCCGAGCCAGACACCAACCGUCCUCGUCUCGCCAAGUCUCACAACAAAGACUACUACGACCUUCACGACCAGGAUGAUACAGUCUCACUUCUAGGAAAUGACUGGCAACUAUCCUGUAACGUUUUCCAGGAUCACACUCUUUCUGUUUAAUAGCGAUGAUCGAUGGAGGGACAGACAGGAUAUCAUCGUCGCUUAACCCACACCCUUCAUCAUUUGUACUUUCACUCUCUAGUAAUUACUGCACUCCUCUUUUUAGUGGACGGACAAAGAAGACGACAAACACCAGACCAGAUAGCUAAUUGAUCCAUCAUCAUUGUUACUCCACCAAUCUUUUCUCCUUCCAGCAGAGAUGGGUCGUGACAUUACUUUUGCUCUUCCCUCAGCUCACUCCCCCCUCUCUUUGCCAUGUUCCCUGGCAAUACACGAGAUCCCUGUGUCUGCUUCUCUUUUCCUAUAUAUUUCUCUUUCAAUUCUUCAAGUCACU